UUUGUGUCUUCGAGAUGCAGAGUGAGCGCAGCUGUCGUGAGAAGGGGAAAGGGGACGCUGAGAAUCUAGGGGGAGGUGUUACGGGAGUAGAGCAAGGACUCUGCCCUUAUCCACACGGAGAGCACACAGAAGGGAAUGGCUGCUGUGGCUCCGACUGCCAAAUACCAGGAAUCAGUGACAUUCAUGGAUGUGGCUGUGAUUUUCACAGACGAAGAAUGGGGGCAUCUGAUCCCUAUUCAGAGGGAUCUCUACAAGCAGGUGAUGCUGGAGAACUAUGAGAGCAUUGUCUCACUAGGACUUCCAGUUCCUCAGCCUGAUGUGAUUUUCCAGUUGAAGAGAGAGGAUAAGCCUUGGAUAGUUGAUCUUCAUGGAUCUGAUGACAGAGGGAACAUUUCUCUAGACUGGGAGACUAAGCCCGAGAUUCAAGCUGCAUCAGAAAAAGAAAAAUCAGAAGGAAUAUUGAGGGAAAAGCUUGGAAGAAAAGGUCCUCUGUGUCCUAAAUUUGAAGUUCAUGUGCUGGAAGGUGGGUUGGAAACAGAGAAGGAAAGCCCUGCAGUGGAGACCUGCAAGAAAUCCUUUUCCCCGGAGGAAAGCUUGCGACAAGGGUCAACUCCUCCCAAGAAAAUUCUCACUAAAGACAGAGACCAGGAAUGCAGCAGUUGUGGGAAAACCUUUUUUGACCACUCAUCCCUUAUCCGCCAUCAGAGGACUCACACAGGAAAGAAGCCAUAUGACUGUCAUGAGUGUGGGAAAGCCUUUUUCAACCGUUCAUCUCUAACUGUACAUCAGCGAAUCCACACUGGAGAGAAGCCCUUUAAAUGCCGUGAGUGUGGUAAAGCCUUCAGUCACAGAUGCAGUCUGAGCAGACAUUUGAUGUCUCAUACUGGGGAGAGCCCCUACGAAUGCAGUGCAUGUGGAAAAGCCUUUUUUGACCGUUCAUCCCUAACUGUACAUCAGCGAAUUCACACUGGAGAGAAGCCAUUUAAAUGCAGCGAGUGUGGGAAAGCUUUCUUUGACCGUUCAUCCCUCACUCGACACCAGAGAAUUCAUACUGGAGAAAGUCCUUAUGAAUGUAGUCAGUGUGGGAAAGCCUUCAGCCAGAAAAGCAUUCUUACUCGACACCAGCUAAUUCACACUGGCAGGAAGCCUUAUGAAUGUAAUGAGUGUGGGAAAGCCUUUUAUGGUGUCUCAUCACUGAAUAGACAUCAAAAAGCUCAUGCUGGAGAGCCUCGCUACCAGUGCAGUGAGUGUGGGAAAGCAUUCUUUGACCGCUCAUCCCUUACACAGCAUCAGAAGAUUCACACUGGAGACAAACCCUAUGAAUGCAGUGAAUGUGGGAAAGCCUUUAGUCAGAGAAGCCGGCUCACACGACAUCAGAGGGUUCAUACAGGAGAGAAACCCUUUGAAUGCAGCGUUUGUGGGAAAGUGUUCAGUUCUAAAUCAUCAGUUAUUCAACAUCAACGACGCUAUGCCAAACAGGGAAUAGACUGAACUGGGUGAAAGCUUUAGUCAAAGGACCUCCAUGAAAACUUAAAAUAGGUCUUCCCCAUUUUAAAUCCAUCAGUUGAUCAUUCUACCUAUUCUGGCUUCUUCUCUCCUUUCCUGUCUCUGCUACCACAGUGUUUGAAUAAAAACUCUCUUAUGUUAUAGAACUGAAGCAGAAUGCUGGAAAUUAAGGUGCAACUUUAUAAAGAGUCAACAAUUCGCAGAAGUUUCUCAGACUAUAGGAUAAAUGUUAGGAGGUGAUCCUUACAUGCACCUAUUUACUGAGGCCCCUGGUAUCACUGCACUUUAAAUAACUGGAGGCUACAGCAGGAGGGGAAAGGCAAAAUUAUAUCAGCAGGACUAUUGUUUCCCAAAUAGUUCUUUUUAUAGCUGCUAGUCCCUCUCUCAGAGCUUUUUUGGACACUGACCUUUUUUUUCUGCCCCAGCUUUUAGAGCUCUUUAAUAUGGUUACUACUAAUAGCUAGCACUUACUGAACAUUUGUUAUAGGUAAGCACUCAGCUAAGAGUUUUGCAAGAUUAUUUGAUCUUUUGAACAACCCUAUUAAGUAGGUACUCUUACUACCUGCAUUUUACAGGUAAGCAAACUAGUGUUUAGAGAGGUUAAAUAAAAAUUGCCCAAGGUGUCAGCUAGUAAAAGGUGAAGCCAGGUCUUGAAGACAGAUCUACCUUCAAAAUCUAUUCUCUUUACCGUUACAUUAUAAAGUUUGUUUUGUAAUUUAUGUGCAUGUAUUAUACUUAAUUAGAUUGUAAGCAUUUGGAGGCAUGGCCUGUGUCUUUGUAGCACACACAGUGCCUUGCAAAUAAUAGGUGCCCAAUAAAUAUUUAUCUGAA